UUUUCUAACAAUAAUCUUCUAAAUCAUUCUAGCCAGUGACAAGGUCGCUCUUCUUAUCGGCAACCAGCAUUACACUGCAGAAUUCCACGAGGCUCUUCAAGGAGGGGGCUUACUGCAACAUACUAUCGCCGAUACAAAGACCUUGGGUUCCUUACUUCAUCGUGAUGAUAUGGGCUAUAAUGUUUUAUCGCUUGGUAACCUGACACGAAACGAGAUGGUCAGAGGUAUCGGCGAGUACAUGAACUUGCUGAGCGAGGACUGCUAUGCAUUCUUCUAUUAUGCCGGACAUGGCUUCGAACUAAAUGGCAAGCAUUAUCUACUACCAGUGGAUGCCCCAGCCGACUGGAAACAGGAGGACGCAAUCUGUGUACAGUGGAUGCUUGAACUGCUCUGGAAGGCAAAACCGAAAAUGACUGUUAUGAUACUCGACAUGUGUAGAGUCAGGUACGUAGGUGUGCGUUAGGGGUGGGAAAAUAUCGGAUCACGGGACCAUUGGUCCCAGAAAAUAUUUCCCCCCCAAAAAAGCAAAAGUAAUAAUUUAGAUAAAAGGGGAAAUUCAGAAGGAAAAUUCUAACAAUGCAAUAGAAAGAAUGUUACUGUACUUGUAGGUAUGACCUCAGAAAUGCAAUCAUAAGGUGUAUAAAUGUAUUAGACUAUAGAAUGAUGUAAUAAAUUUUGUAUCGCAAAUGCAUUUUUAGACAAAUUGGGGCACCUGAUUUUCAAAAUUUUCUGGAGGAGCAUGGAUCCCCCCCCCCCGAUAGUGACCCCUAGUAGCGUCCUUUUUUGUCAUCUGUAUUUACCUUAGGAUCCGACCCUUGAUGCAUGUUAUCGAAAUUAGUUUUAUGUUAUACUACGAAAAGUAUAAUUAAGAUUCUCAGUGCACUGAAAUACAUUUUUUUCUGUAUGACAUCCAGUUUGACAACUUGUCAACGAAAUCCAACACCACAGCUAGAAAGAGCAUCUUAGAAUGAGUAAAACUGCAAAGUUUGGUUGUGAAAUGUUGUAAAAUGAAGUAAAUAUAGCCCUGUGAAGUUCGCAAAUUUUGUAUAUACAGUAUUUGUAUUACGCGCGGGAUACGUUCGGCUCAAAAAUGGUAUUUCCCCCGCGCGUCCUAUAUACAAAAUUUGCGAACUUCACAGGGUUAUAUUUUCUUCAUUUUACAACAUUUCGCCACCAAACUUUGCAAUUUUAUUGAUUUUAAGAUGCUCUUUCCAGCUAUGGUAAUGGUUUCGUUCUUCUUGCCUAGAUCAAAAUUUAGUCUAUACCUGAAAUCAUUCAUUGUGAUUACUUUCUUAACUGUGUUUAUCCUAACCCACCCUGUCAACAUUCCCUGUGGGAGGAAACCGGAGCACCCAAAGAAAACUCACGACUUUCGACAGAGCGUUGACCGACUCUUUUCACAUGAGUCCGUAGUGAAUAAUUUUUUAAAAUUAAAAUAUUUUUAAAUUAAAAUAUUUUUCCACAAGUGAAACACAUCCAUAGAUGGGUGAGAUCAUCAACUCUACAUACUGAAAUAUUCAAUAUUUUUGUUUUGUCUGCAGGCCAACAGGAAAAGCUAACUUUCAAGAAUUUGAUUUUCCUACGGAUCUUCCAAAGAUUGUAUUUGGAUUUGCAAC